UCAAUGCCAUUCAAUCAUUUAUAUAUAAAUUCAUCUAUAUCUUCUCUAUGUGUUCACAACUUUUAAUUCUUAAGCAAAUUCAGAAAUUGUAACAAGAUAAUUAAAUGGCAGAUUGGGCUCCAAUCGUGAUAGGUUUGGUUCUGUUUGUUAUUUUUUCGCCUGGAGUCCUGUUCCAGUUGCCAGGCAAAGGCAAGGUAGUGGAGUUCUGCAAUUUGCAAACAAGUGGCGUUUCCGUAUUUGUCCAUUCCCUUUUCUUCUUUGGCUUUAUGGUUAUCUUCCUCAUUGCCAUUCAAGUUCAUAUCGGAAGUGGUUAAGUCUCAACUACAAACACCAUUUAUAUUUACUACGUUAGUUAUAUGUUCACUUUGUCAUGUCUAUUAUAUGCUACUUUGAUAUCCACCCAUCAAAUAGUUAUGCACCCGUAUAUUGGUCUUAGAAUUGAGCUUCUAAGUGUGUAGCAUAGAAAGUAUCUAUGCCCAAUUCCACUGCUUCUUAGUGAAUUACAAUCUGUAUAGUAAAUUAAGAGGAGAGCCCUCAUUUUUCUCUUGGUUAUUUGGUAUUUGUUCUUAUGUUUCAAAGAAAUUUAAUAUUUAUUCCAAGCUGAUGUUGUAGUUUUUUUUAUAAGUGUUUAUAAGUGAUUUCAAAAUCCAUCACAAUCAGCAAUGAUGGUUGUUGGAUCUGGAACAUGUUUCAUUC